UGCAAGUCCCCCCGGCUGAGACUAGCGUGCUUGGCGUUCGAGCCUUUUAGCCCCUCCUCUUCCCCGCUCAAGAGAACUUCCCUUCACUCUCUCCCACGAUCUCCUCCCUCCCAAUUUGCUUCGCCAUUUCCCAGCGAGCAAUCUCUAGAGUCUCGUGGUCCUCUUCCUUCGAAAGAGCAGAGACAACUUUUCACCUUCAAUUGUUUCCCCAGUAAAAGUUUCAAAACAACCGCAAAGAUGGUCAACUUCACCGUCGCGGAGAUCCGUGAACUCAUGGACCGGACGACAAACGUCCGUAACAUGUCCGUUAUUGCUCACGUCGAUCACGGAAAGUCUACCCUCACCGACUCGCUGGUCCAGCGUGCUGGUAUUAUCUCUGCCGCCAAGGCUGGAGAGGCCCGAUUCACCGACACUCGGCAGGACGAGCAGGACCGGUGUAUCACUAUCAAGUCCACUGCCAUUUCUUUGUACGCCGAGCUCCUCGAGGAGGACGUCAAGGACAUCAAGCAGAAAACCGACGGCAACUCUUUCUUGAUCAACUUGAUCGACUCCCCCGGUCACGUUGAUUUCUCGUCUGAGGUUACCGCUGCCCUCCGUGUCACUGAUGGUGCUCUGGUUGUCGUCGACUGUGUCUCCGGUGUGUGUGUCCAGACCGAGACUGUGCUGCGUCAGGCUCUUGGUGAGCGUAUCAAGCCCGUCUGCAUCAUCAACAAGGUCGACCGUGCCCUGUUGGAGCUCCAGGUUUCCAAGGAGGACUUGUACCAGUCUUUCGCCCGUACCGUCGAGUCCGUGAACGUCAUUAUCGCCACCUACUACGACAAGACCCUCGGUGACGUCCAGGUCUACCCCGACCAGGGCACCAUUGCUUUCGGUUCCGGUCUCCAUGGAUGGGCUUUCACCGUCCGUCAGUUCGCUGGCCGUUACGCCAAGAAGUUUGGUGUUGACAAGGAGAAGAUGAUGGAGCGUCUUUGGGGCGACUCUUUCUUCAACCCCAAGACCAAGAAGUGGACCAAGGUUGAGCAGUACGAGGGCAAGGCUCUCGAGCGUGCCUUCAACCAGUUCAUCUUAGACCCCAUCUUCAGGAUCUUCGCUGCCAUCAUGAACUUCAAGAAGGAUGACACCACCAACCUUCUGGCCAAGUUGGAGAUCGUCCUCAAGGGUGAGGAGAAGGACCUCGAGGGCAAGGCUCUCCUGAAGAUUGUGAUGAAGAAGUUCCUUCCCGCCGCCGAUGCGCUGUUGGAGAUGAUCUGUCUUCACCUUCCUUCCCCCGUCACCGCCCAGAAGUACCGUGCCGAGACUCUGUACGAGGGACCCAUCGAUGACGAGUGUGGUGUCGGUAUCCGCGAUUGUAACCCCAAUGGACCCCUUAUGCUUUACGUCUCCAAGAUGGUGCCCACCUCCGACAAGGGUCGUUUCUACGCUUUCGGACGUGUCUUCUCUGGAACCGUCAAGUCCGGUCUUAAGGUCCGCAUCCAGGGACCCAACUACCUUCCCGGAAAGAAGGAGGACCUUUUCGUCAAGGCCAUCCAGCGUACCAUUCUCAUGAUGGGUCGUUACAUUGAGCCCAUCGAUGAUGUCCCCGCCGGUAACAUUUGUGGUCUGGUCGGUGUUGACCAGUUCUUGUUGAAGUCUGGUACCCUUACCACUUCCGAGACCGCCCACAACCUGAAGGUCAUGAAGUUCUCCGUCUCUCCCGUCGUGCAGGUCGCCGUCGAGGUCAAGAACGCCAACGAUCUCCCCAAGUUGGUCGAGGGUCUUAAGCGUCUGUCCAAGUCCGACCCUUGUGUCUUGACUUUCAUCUCGGAGUCCGGUGAGCACAUCGUCGCCGGUGCCGGUGAGUUGCACUUGGAGAUUUGCUUGAAGGAUCUUGAGGAGGACCACGCCGGCGUUCCUCUCCGUGUCUCACCCCCGGUGGUCUCUUACCGUGAGACCGUUUCCGGUACUUCCAGCAUCACCGCUCUAUCCAAGUCGCCCAACAAGCACAACCGUCUUUACGUCACUGCUCAGCCUCUUGACGAGGAUGUCUCCAAAGACAUUGAGAACGGAAAGAUCUCUCCCCGUGACGAUUUCAAGGCCCGCGCUCGUAUCCUUGCUGACGAGCACGGAUGGGAUGUCACUGAUGCCCGUAAGAUUUGGUGCUUCGGUCCCGACGCCAACGGUGCCAACUUGCUCGUUGACCAGACCAAGGCUGUUCAGUACCUGAACGAAAUCAAGGACUCCGUCGUCUCCGGUUUCCAGUGGGCCACCCGUGAGGGUCCCAUUGCUGAGGAGCCCAUGCGCAGCGUCCGCUUCAACAUCCUCGAUGUUACCCUUCACGCCGAUGCCAUCCACCGUGGAGGUGGACAGAUCAUCCCCACCGCGCGUCGUGUGCUCUACGCCGCCACCCUGCUCGCCGACCCCGCUCUCCUCGAGCCCGUGUACUUGGUCGAGAUCCAGGUCCCCGAGUCCGCCAUGGGAGGUAUCUACGGUGUUCUUACCCGACGAAGAGGUCACGUCUUCUCGGAGGAGCAGCGCCCCGGAACUCCUCUGUUCAACGUCAAGGCUUACCUUCCCGUCAACGAGUCGUUCGGUUUCACCGCCGAUCUCCGUUCCAACACCGGAGGACAAGCUUUCCCCCAGUCGGUCUUCGACCACUGGCAGGUUCUGCCCGGUGGAUCUCCCAUUGACGCCACCACCAAGUCCGGACAGAUUGUGCAGGAGAUGAGGAAGCGAAAGGGUAUCAAGGAGGUCGUGCCCGAUGUCAACAACUACUACGACAAAUUGUAAACGGGUCUACGGGUCGGGUGUUUUGCUUGGUUGGUUUCUUUAGGUCGGGAAAAUACUUUUCUUUUUGCUGGGGUUCUUUAAGGUUGAAUUCAGUUGUUCUUCA